AGACUAUGAGGGAUUACGUGCACAAGAAAUCCAGUUAGACCUGUGGUUUUAUCCAUUAUUUCAUCAUAAAAAUAAUCUCUUGUUUUGCUCCCCUCUCCGUCUUGUCUCCUGCAGAGGGUCCAGCAUUUGAGCUCAUGAUGCGCAGAAGGGUCAGGCCUGAGUGUGUUAAUCAGGAAGCAUGGAGUUAUUAUUUUAGCUCAUAGCAUUGGAUGCAACAUUUCCAUUUCCAUACAACCCCUUUGUAAACACAGCUGGAGGACUUCUGUAACCUCAGGAAGUUUUGAGACUCUUGUAGACAAAUGGACGCUGUAGUUUUGUCCUUUUUGUGCCCUAUUCAAUAGUCAGGUAAUGAAUUUAAGAAUGUCCUCUAUCCCCUCUUUAGAUGUACAACUUAAAUGGAUAAAUUCCAGUUCGUUUAAAUGACCAUAUGCUGCUUCAGUGUGGCCACACUGCUCUAAAACGUGUAACAAGAGGGCCUAUAGGUGAUGUUUGGCCACAUCUUUCACCAUAGGGAUCAUAGCAGGGUAUCAUGCUAAUGCUGAUUGGCCUGCAUACUGUUAUGUCCUUGCAUCCCACUUUUCUCUCCCAGUGUAAACCGUCGUCCACCUAAAUCCCCCUUUUUUGUUAUUUUCUCCUCCCAUCUGUCCUUCCUUUCCCACGUGUAUCAACUUCAGAGCAUCUCAUCCCACUCUCUCCCCCUUCUCUCCCUCUCUUUAUCUCUGUCACGCUGCAUUACAGUAUUGCUUCGUCAUCUGUGUUUAGUCAUCUUCAUCCCUCACUAUUACAUCACAUUUAUCUUUGUUUUCUUUUUAAACCUGGCAGCACAUCACAACUUAAAACCUCCCCAAAGCAUCUGUUCUGCCCUCUCGGCUCCAUCUGUGACGGCUCUCCUACCUUCUGUCCCGUUUGUCCUGUCCCCACGUGCUGUUCACCCCUCUCUUUGUUUCACCUUUUCCUCUCUCCCUCUCUCUCUGGCCUCCCCCAUCCCCUGCGUGGCCAUGCUGGAGGGUAUGUCCCGUCGCUCUCGCUCCCUGCUCUCCCUGACCUUGACCACUCUGGCUCUGGCUCUCUCCAUCCUGGCUCUCUGCACCUCAUAUUGGUGUGAGGGCACCCACAAGGUGGUGAAGCCCCUCUGCCUGUCGCCUGUCAAAAUGAAGAACUGUGGUCAGAACAACAGUGAGCCUUACACCACAGAGAGUCCCACUCAGAACCCCUUCAAUCGUACCCUGUCUCCUGCCAGGAGGGAUGAGCUGGCCAAGAUCAGACAGAGGCAGCUGGCCAAUGCGGUCCACUACAUCUGGGAGACAGGAGAAGACAAGUUUGCUUUCAGAUACUUCCACACUGGUUUCUGGGAAAGCUGUGAGAAACACAAUGACGGGGAGAAAUGUCGAAGUUUUAUAGAUCUAACACCAGGAGAGACACAAGGUGUGCUCUGGCUCUCAGUUGUUUCAGAGUUUACAUACAUCGGCCUGCUUGGGAUGGGCUUUUUGCUGAUGUGGCUCGAAUUCUUGUGUUCCCAUAAAGAGAUGCACUCGCUCAAAAUCAAUGCAUAUGCAGCGAUCUGUACUGUGUUAUCAGGUCUUCUUGGGAUGGUGGCCCACAUGAUGUUCACCACAGUAUUUCAGAUGACUGUCAUUGUGGGACCCAAAGACUGGAGACCUCAGUCCUGGGACUACGGCUGGUCAUUUGCUCUGGCCUGGGUGUCUUUCAGCUGCUGUAUGGGUGCUGCUGUGGUCACACUCAACUCCUAUACAAAGACUAUCAUCGAGCUUCGACGAAGACAGAGGCUGCGUUUGGAGGAAGCAAGAGCCGCCACUCAUGCUCCGGCUUAUGAUGAGGUCGUUACAGGAGGAGGGCUCUACUCAGUAAGCGGCCUAUUGCAGUGCCCAGAGGGCAUGAUCGAUGUAGCUUGGGCCCCGAAUGGCAGUGUGGUCGGAGUGGGAAAUGGGGACGUACCAACGCUGGUUUUGGUGGGAGGUUGUGGGCCAGACGGGUGUGAAGACUGUGAAAGGGAGAUGGAUGAGAUGGAGGAUGCCAUGGACCGGGUUGAUUCACCCUGCUAGAGGAUCAUUUAUAUCCAUAAACCAGAAAAAGUGAAAGAACCUUGCUGGAUGAUGUUCAGUGUGAGGAAAAAGAUCUUUUUCUUCUUUUCUUUGACUCUCAAUGACUGGACUGUCACAGAAUUUGGGAGAAACUUACUGAACUGGAAGGCCAAAAUCUAAAGACUACAAUAUAUGUAGAGGUCACACUGACAUGCAAGUCUGCGUGUCGUCUGGGUAUUUCUCAGUGCCUCAUGGUUUUAAGUAAUAAUCUCUUCGUGUUAAUUAUUAUAAACCUUAAUAUAAUUGUAUUAUUUAUGUUUAAACAUGCAAUGUUAUCUCUUUCUAUUGUUUUCUUGCAUUGAUGAGAUGGAUGUUUCUGCCUGAACAGUCGACCCCUUUAGAGCAAAAAUGAAUUAUGUUCUCAUUAAUUUUAGCGGAACAAUCAAUCAAACUUCUGACAGUGACAGCAUUUCAAUUCAAUUCAUGUAUGGCCUGAUCUUCAUCAAACAGCCUCUCCCUGCAGAUGCAAAGACAAACCCGUAAGAUAGACACAUCGGGAAAGAAAGAUUACAGAGAUUUUGAAAAGUCUGCUCUCUGAUGUUGAACAGAAGAUUAUGUGUAAACCAGUAAUCCCGAGUUGGAUGGGAUGGAGUAGGAAUAAGGGUGAGGAGAGACUGUAGGCAUGUUAAGGGAUGGGGUUGGAGUGGGGGGAGUGCAUCCACAGACUGUACAUUCAAAGAAGCUGCACUGUGAAACAUUACAGUUUAAGGAACAUAAUUAUUCCAAAAUGGAUAUCACAGCCUGGUAUUUACUCUGUUGAAUGUGAACUUACACAUUCAAUAAUAUAUAAAGCCAAAGAGAUAUCGACAUUCACCGUACUGUACAUAGGUUAUACAUUUGGGAUAAUCCUGGAUUUACUGUCAGGGAUAAAUAAAACUGAAACAUUAAGAACUUUAAGACCAACAGCAGCAAUUUUUGUCAACUGACGUUGUGAUAUUAUUUAAAACGUUUCAUGGUCAUAGGCACGUCCAUUGUUAUGUGGGGAAAGAUAAAUAAAUGGAUUUUCAAAGCGCAGAUGUAUGAGAA